AUCGUUUACCAUUUGCUUAGCGCCUAGGAGGAGCAAGUAGCUAAUUUAUGAAAUGCUGUGUAGGCCAGUAAAAUUGUUUUCUAUUAACCCUUUUUUACCUCUAGUCAAAAACUCAAAAGUCAAAGCCCUACUGCACAAAAGAACACUAAAUUUUUUUUCUUCCUCUUCCGAAAAUCGAAACUCUCAAUGUCCGCCGCGAGAUCCUUCCUCCGCUCCGGUGCCGGCCGAGCUGCCGCUUCCGCGUUGAGGUCGACAAAUCCGGCCCCAGCUUCUGCGCGGUCUUCGUUUAGGAUGCCUAAACAGAGCCCUCUCUCUCACCGCGUUUUCAGAUCUCCGGUGGCAUUGAGCUGCUGCGUCGAGACGAUGCUUCCGUACCACACGGCCACUGCAUCUGCUUUGCUCAAUUCCAUGCUUUCAGUUUCACCCCGCUCCGUUUGGACACUCGGAGAUUGCAAUGAUGAUGCAUGAUGAAUUUCAAAUGGAGAGUGCCGGAAUGGAUGCAGAUGAAUAAUGAAGUGAAGUUUUUUGUUUGAACUAUGUAAAGAAUCUUAAGUGACAGUAAUCGAGUCAUGUUUCUUCUUAGGUCAUAAGAUCUGCUUUUAACACCUUCACGAUUGUCCACUAGGAUUAGUUGCCAUGUCAGUUCCGGAUAUAAGUACAAAAACAGACCCAAUUCGAGCUUCCGUUUUAGGGGUUCUUUCACAUUCAAAAUAUAGAAACUUGAAGUCGCAAUUGGCUAUCGUAUUUUGAUCAAUGGCA